CCCCUUGCCCUUUCUGUUGUGACCCUCCCCUCUGGCUACUGCCCCCUCCUGUGUCUUUCCAAGCGCCAGUGCCACAUUCACUGACCUCUCCCUCUGUGCCCCCAGGUGGUCACUAUGGGCCAGUGCUACUACAACGAGACCAUUGGCUUCUUCUACAACAACAGUGGCAAGGAGCUAAGUUCUCACUGGCGGCCCAAAGAUGUGGUUGUGGUGGCCCUGGGGCUGACUGUCAGUGUGCUGGUGCUGCUGACCAACCUGCUGGUCAUAGCAGCCAUUGCCUCCAACCGUCGCUUCCACCAGCCCAUUUACUACCUGCUUGGCAACCUGGCUGCAGCUGACCUCUUUGCCGGCGUGGCCUACCUCUUCCUCAUGUUCCAUACAGGUCCACGCACAGCACGGCUCUCACUUGAGGGUUGGUUUGUGCGACAGGGCCUGCUGGACACAAGCCUCACGGCUUCAGUGGCCACACUGCUCGCCAUUGCUGUGGAGCGGCACCGCAGUGUGAUGGCUGUGCAGCUGCACAGCCGCUUGCCCCGUGGCCGUGUGGUCAUGCUCAUCGUGGGCGUGUGGAUGGCAGCACUGGGCCUCGGGCUACUGCCUGCCCAUUCCUGGCAUUGCCUCUGUGCCUUGGACCACUGUUCACGCAUGGCCCCCUUGCUCAGCCGCUCCUACCUAGCUGUCUGGGCACUGUCCAGCUUGCUUGUCUUCCUACUCAUGGUGGCCGUGUAUACCCGCAUUUUCUUCUAUGUGCGGCGGCGCGUGCAGCGCAUGGCAGACCACGUCAGCUGCCACCCUCGCUACCGCGAGACCACACUCAGCCUGGUCAAGACUGUUGUCAUCAUCCUGGGAGCCUUUGUGAUCUGCUGGACACCAGGCCAGGUGGUGCUGCUCCUGGAUGGUCUCGGCUGCAAAUCCUGCAAUGUCCUAGCUGUAGAGAAGUAUUUCCUACUGUUGGCUGAGGCCAAUUCACUGGUCAAUGCUGCAGUGUACUCAUGCCGAGAUGCUGAGAUGCGCCGCACUUUCCGCCGCCUCCUCUGCUGUGUGUGUCUCCGCCGGUCCACCCACAAGUCUGCCCGCUAUCCAUCUUCUACUCAGACAGGUGCCAGCACUCGCAUCAUGAUUCCUGAAAAUGGCCACUCUCUGAUGGACUCUACCCUUUAGCUACCUUGGACUUCAGCAGGAGGCAGCAAGCACCAGAUCUGCAGCCCCUGAUUCAGCCCAACCAGUGGAAUAGACUUAAAGGCAAACCCCUGGUCUGGAAUGGUACAACACUACUGCCAGCCCUCUCCAGGCACACAGCUAUAUCUAUCCAGAGCUCAGGGUUUUGGGGUUACCUCCAAGUACCUGGGAGAGUCAGAUGGGAUACAAGAAUCUGGCUCUCUAGUCAUCUCAGGUUUGGGGUUUUAUUCAUAGAUACUUUUUUAUUUUUAUGGCACGUCUCUGGUAAACCCUGUGGACUGAAUGGUUCCUCCAAUGUGAUGCUGUGUUAAGAGUAGGAGAGAUGAAAGCUAUUGUAGACCAUGCUGCCCAGUGUGACAGGAUAACAAGGACAUACUAUGGACACAUCAUCUUUUAAAAGGUGAUUCUUGGGCUGGGUGUGGUGGCUCACGCCUGUAAUCCUAGCACUCUGGGAGGCCUAGGCAGGUGGAUU